UCCAGGGUGGAAGUUUUACAUCCAAGUGAGCCUCCAGGAUGUCACAGGGCUGAGUGGAUCCUUCUGCGAUUUGGGUCUGUUCUUCCACUGAAUUCAAGGUCCAGGAAAAGAUGAGCCUCCUCCCCUACUGGCCAUCAGCUUCCGUGCAGAGCAACACCACCAGUUACACAAGCCCAGCUGAAGGUGAGGGGUAAGCCUGGUUGCCAGUGCCAAACAUGCACAUACAGUAAGUUAAUUUAAGGAACAGGUCACCAAUAACUGGCUAUCUCCAGGAAGCGUGUUGUAGGUGAUGGUAGACUCUGUCAUGACAGAUUUCACCAGAAGCAGUCUUUGCGGAAGUGAUUAUCAAAGACAGAAGGCUGGUGCCUGUGUGUCAGGCAAGCAUGAAGUCGGUCGCUGUAACGUUCUGUCUCCUCUGCUUUCAGUUUGGAGCCCUGUAUGGAGCUGAUACCUGCUCAUCAAGACCGUGCAAAAAUAUAGAUCAGCUGCAUGUCUCUGACCCCCAGGUGAUGGUGGAAUUUAAGAGUGGAAACUUUAAGUUCAUAUUCCACAACCCCAAAAAUGUGAGUGAGUUCAGCAUGACCCUCUUCAAAGGGCACGAAAAGAAGGAGAUCUGUGCUCUCCAUGUAAGCAAGGAGAAAGCUAUCCCCAAGAGUAACGUCACCUACUGUCAGGCAGAGCAUUCAAAUACCAGCACCACUUUCAUACUCACAAAUCUGGAAAGAAAACACAUCGACACUUAUACCUACUGCCUGGAGAUGUUCUUACCCCCUCCUUACAUAGAUUGCCGCCUGAAAGAAACCUAUUUGUACAUCCAGGAUAAGGAAGACUGCAUUUCACUGGGAAUCAUGUCAUGGGUAACUAUUGGCCUGAUUGUGUUUGCCAUUAUUUCCUGUGUCUGCUGUGUAGCAGCCUGUCGCUUAAGGAACAAGAAUCAGCAGUGUGAAUCCAACUCCCACGAGUACAACAGUGAAUACAUGCCCAUGGCAGCAGUGAAUGCAGCAAAAAAAAACAAGAAUCUGAGGUUUAAGUUGCUUGUGGCAUAGACAUUCUGGCAGUGGAAGUUUCCAGCUACUUGAACCUGGACAAUGGGAAAACCCUGGAAAAUGGGAAAUCAACAUUUCCUCACCUUCUGCCUCCCUGAGCUCUCAGGAUGGUCCAGUGCUCAGUCAUGAGACACCCACUCUACCACUGCUCUAAACUCUGUUUUGCUCUAGCCUUGUGUGUUAACUGGCACGCUGCCUGAUCCACUGACUUAUACACGAAAUGCUAACAAUGUGUUAAAGAUGUCAGCUUUCAGCUGAAGAAAAUAUAGGGUUUGCUUGAGAGUAGAUUCUUGCAGUGGUGCUACAGAGGCAACUUCUACUUUCUACAGUUUCCUUUAUGGUAACUUUCCACUGGUUACAAAAAAAAAAGAAAAAAAAAAAGACUACCUCCAAUGCCAUUCCUUGUGGCACAGCCGUGAAGUGCUGUCAAUGUAUUGCACAAGCCCUUUUAUUAGGGCUAGUCUAGCCUGAUGCUAUGAAGUCAUCUUCAGAUCCACUGUCAAACUUCUUAGCACCACAUUAGGCCAGUGUGGUAUGCACACAUGCUCUCCUGCCUGAGAGAACACAGCAGAGACUUUAUUGUGACAUAGAACCUCAGGUAUGCUCCAAUGCAUUUGUGCUAGCAGUACAUCUUUGCCAUUCACACCAUAGGCCUCCUCUUAUUUAAUUAAAUUCUGAAUUCUUCUUCCAAAAUAGUAAUAUAUUACUUUUGAGACUGCAAUUGUUCUUUAAAUCAGUCCAAACCUACAGGAUAAGUCCCUAAACUAGGAGGCAUGACGUCUCCUAUUCACAUAUCUUACAGCACCAAUACAACAGUGUCCAUAAGGGCAGGGUAUUCGUGGACUCUGGUUUGCAAUUAUUUUCCUCUUGUGGUUUGACAUGAAACCUUUACCACUUCCCCCGUGGGUUUAGGGGUUACUUGACCUUCUGAAAAUUGCUCAGUCUUCAAUAUAGCCCAGAAGGUCAACUUUGUCCUGGGCUGCAUCAAAAGAGGUGUGACCAGCAGGUUGAGGAAGGGGAUUGUCCCCCUCACCUCUGCCCUCAUGAAGCCCCACCUGGAGUGCUGCAUCCAGGUUUGGAGCCCCCAGCACAAGAAAGAUGUGGACCUGUUAGAGCGAGUCCAGAGGAGGGCUAUAAAGAUGAUCAGAGGGCUGGAGCACCUCUCCUAUGAAGACAGGCUGAGAGAGCUGUGGAAGUUCAGCAUGGGGAAGAGAAGGCUCCGGGGAGACUUCAUUGCAGCCUUUCAGUACUUAAAGGGGUCUUAUAAAAAUGAUGGAGAGGGAUUCUUUAUUCGGGUAGAUAAUGAUCGGACAAGGGGGAAAGGUCUUAAGCUAAAAGAGGACAGAUUUAGACUAGACAUUAGGAAGAAAUUUUUCACUGUAAGGGUGGUGAGGCCCUGGAACAGGUUGUUCAGAGAAGCUGUGGAUGCCCCAUCCCUGAAGAUGUUCAAGGCCAGGUUGGAUGGGGCAUUGGCCAACAAGAUCUAGUGGGUGGCAUCCCUGCCUAUGGCAGUGGGCUGGAGUUGGAUGAUCUUUCAGGUCCCUUCCAACCCAAGCCAUUCUAUGAUUCUAUGAUCCUUCAUGCUACUUGUGAAAUCCACCAAAACUUGGAUCAUAAAUGACCAACUGGGAAUCCAACCUGGAUAUGUUGUCAGAUACCAUUUGGCUGCUGGAAGCAGAGCGGUGCAUUGAUGGAGUCUUUCUGUAAUUCACUGACAAAACACAUACUGGUCAGAGGACACUAUGUUGAAAGAUGCAUAGCCUGCUUGUCUGGUAAAUGGAAGGCUGGUUUCAAACUUGACAGGGUAAAACAGGGAUGAUCAGACACGAAGGGGACAUUGCUGGUAAGUCAGGAAUGGGUAUUUCCUCAACAAAAACCUAAAUACAUAGAGAUACUUCAGGAAGAAGGUGCAAAUUGUAAGCUGUGACAUUAAGCGAGGGGGAAAUGAGUACAGCACCAAAUGAAGUAGGGAUUGCCAAUUUUGCAGCAGCUACCCUGGUUUGAUAACCAGGCUCCUAGGCAGAGAUGUAGAGGGGUACCCUGGCAUGUUGGCCAACAUUACAUUCUUUUCUGUCGUUCCAAUAAAUAACUUUGCCAACUGACCUAAUUUCCCUAUAAAGCAAAACUAUCCUCUGUACACCCACAAAUACAUGACUUCACCAUUUUGAAAAUUAUUGGUGAAAUAAUUAGCUUUUAAAAUUAUCAGUGAAAAUAACUAACCUUUACUGCUUGUAAUAAAUGCUGGAUAUAGGAUUCUAUGUAAGAGUGGAGAGUCCUAGUCUCUAGAAACUUUCAUCAGACUGAGAAGGAAAUUCAUGGAAUAAAGAGUUUCUGAAAGAAGGAAAAACCUAAGGUUUGCCUUGAGGUGCUGCUGGAUAAAGGAUAAAUGAUAAACAUGAUCUGAUUUUUUUUAUUAUUUUCCUGGGGGGGGGGGGGGAUCCUUUGGGGACCCAAGAAUUGAACUCGAUGACCCUUGUGGGUUCCUUUCAACUCAGAUAUUGUAUGAUUCUAUGAUAGUUCAAAAUAUACUGUGCUCUAGAAAGGGAAAUGGUUUAUACCCCUUGUAACAAAGCUUUGGGAAAUCUCAGGUUCUAUCUCUGCUUUUUUUUUUUUUUAAAGAGAAAUUUUUAUUCUUAAUAAAACUGUUUU